AUGUCUGCUAAAGAAAUGUCAACAACUGGGAGCUUUGAGGGAUUCCAGCCUGUGUCUCUGAAGCGAGAGGAAGAUGACCAACCUUCUGAGACAGAUCAGCUGUCCGUGGAGGAGAGGGAGCCAGACACAGAGGUCCCAGCGCCAAAGCAGAUUUCAAGGCUGCCAAGUGUGAUUGAAUCCGUUCUUUACCCGAAUCCCUAUCACAAGCCUUAUCUCUCACGGAAGUACUUCGUCACUCGGCCAGGGGUCAUUGAGACUGCCAUGGAAGACUUGAAAGGCCAUAUUACCAAGACUUCCGGAGAGACAAUUCAAGGCUUCUGGCUCUUGACAGAGAUAGACCACUGGAACAAUGAGAAGGAGAGGAUUUUGCUGAUCACAGACAAGACUCUCUUAAUUUGCAAAUAUGACUUCAUCAUGCUUUGCUGUGUGCAGUUGCAAUGGAUUCCCCUGAGUGCUGUCUAUCGCAUUUGCCUGGGCAAGUUUUCCUUCCCUGCGAUGUCACUGGACAAGAGACAAGGAGAAGGCCUUAGGAUCUACUGGGGGAGUCCUGAGCAGCAGUCAUUGUUAGUCCGCUGGAAUCCAUGGUCCACUGAGGUGCCUUAUGCUACCUUCACUGAGCACCCUGUGAAAUACACAAGUGAGAAGUUUCUUGAAAUUUGCAAGUUGUCUGGGUUCACAUCGAAGCUUGUUCCAGCUAUCCAGAACACCCACAAGAAUUCCACUGGAUCUGGAAGAGGAGAGGGAUUGACGGUGCUCACUGAACCCAUUUUGAUUGAGACCUACACUGGGCUAAUGUCAUUCAUUGGAAACCGAAACAAACUUGGCUAUUCCCUUGCUCGGGGGAGUAUUGGUUUUUGA